AUGAGCAGGGUGGGAUGGAGUAAUCCUCGGUGCUUUCUUGCAUCACAUCAUCAUCCAUCAGAGAAGGAGACUCGAUCGAGGAGAUCUCGUCGGUUAAGCAUAACAACGAUGAUUGAUUCAUCAGACGAAAGAAAGAAGAAACAAACAAAGAGGAAAGGCAACCCCAAACAUAAACAAAGCUCGACCCUGUUUUCUUCCCCGUCAGUCGUCACCCCAACGACUAUGAUACUUUUUGUGUUUCUUGAAACCCGCGACUCCAUUUCAUCUCCAAUUUCCGGGCUCUCAGACGAACUCUCACAGGCGACGCGCGAUCUCACUCUGCUGAAGUGGAUGUGGGACGUGGGUGUGGGCGAUGCCCAGAGGGGGGGGCGUGCCAACAUCUGCCCUGCCAAGCAGGCACAAGCAAACCACCUCCCCUGA